AUGAUAGAACGGUGGCGACCAAAGAUGCACACGUUUCAUCUACCCAUCAGCGAGGCUACCAUCACGCUUGAGGACGUGGAGGUUCUUUUUGGGCUGCCUACUGAUGGUAUACAUGUAGCUUACCUGCAUGCUCUUAGAGACUAUACGGGAUUGGAUUACCUUCAUAUGUUGCAGUGGCUCACUGGUUUCCAACCAGCGGGGCCGACUGCAUUGAGUGGGGUCAGUCGAUUUCAGCGGAUGCCCGUUCGGCAUCAUCUGGUGGCGAUGGACACGGAGAUUACUGAUGAUUCACCCCCAGAGGAUAUCGACCGGCACAUGAGACUGUUACUGCUGCUGAUGUUUGGUGGUAUACUAUUCCCGAACACUUCGGAAAACCUAGUCAGCUUGCGAUUUCUACGUCAUCUGGAGCGGCUAGAUGAUUUAUCUGGUUACAACUAG